AUGGCCGAGAAGAAGCAAACUAUGACAGACGCCAGGUCGACCGAGAUGUUGACAACGAGAAACCCAACCUUUGCGAUACCAGAUGAACAGACUCUUAAUGGGUACCUUGCGACUGGAAGACCAGGUAUCUACAUUAGUCCGAACGAACUCUAUGGAGAGGUCGUGGUCUACCGUAAGGAGGGCGAAAUGACGACACUGGAAUGGACAUCAGGUCAGUCACAUGACCACUUAUAUGCAGUGGACAUCGCCGGCAAACAUGGAAUACGCCUUCCGGGCAUCUUGCUCGUUCCAAGUGAGACCGAAACGAGUCUCACCAUCUUUUGGAAGCAGCCGGGUGGAGAGCAACUUGCCACCUCAUUGGAUCUCAAGCAGUAUGAACUUUCGAACACGGUGAUGGACGACCAACAAGCUCGCGAGAUUGAUCUUCUACAUCUUUCCGAGCGAUCGGAACAACGUGAGCCGGAUAAGACUGGAACCAUUGUCCAGUCGAAUCUGCCAGCACAAGAAACUCGCAAUGCAGGUGAACGCAUACAUGUCACAGCGCGGCGAACCUACUCCGUGCCCUGGGAUCUGACUAUUGACGGAGACUAUAUUGUGCUUCAACGCCUGUCCAGUGUUGAUAUGGCACCUGAAGGCUCUAUCCGGAGGCCCUUACGCCUCACUGAAAAUUCAACCAUUGAAGUUAAACGCUACGAGACGGGCAUGCAUGUAAGCUUUCUCCAGCGCGUGUCAAUCCCCAGAAAAGCUCUCGAUUAUCAUCUUCCAGGCAGUCCUACAAGAGAGUACAUCGAUGAUGUGACUUACUACAUAGUGCAACCGCCUCGAGUCGAACGUGAGCACGACGAUGACGGUACCGAAGGCGAGAACGAGAAUAGAGAGGAUGCAGAUGUCCAGGAACAGAGUAGACAAGACGUAUACUAUGACGCCAAGUCACACCUUUCGGACCUAUCUGGGGAGUUAAAGGUUAGCGAAGAUCCUUGGGAGGUAUUUGCGAAAGCGUUGAAGCGGGUUGUUGAGGCUGCGGGUGGUACAUUCACUUGUCUGGCUGACCAGCAGUAG